GGAGGGAGGGAAACACAACAGGAAAACCCAGGAAAGAAGAAGCUUGUUCUUGGGGAAUCCUGUGUUUGACCAAAGCCAUGUUUUUGGAGUAAAGAGUGCGGGGAAGCUGCGGGGAAGCUGCGGGACAGCCGGAGGACUGCGGUGUUAGCAGGACGUGAAGGUGCUGAUGUGACCCCUGAGAAGGACCCACAAUGACCUCUCCAAGUCCACUGCUCUGUCAUCCUGUGGCGUCUCUUCCAAACGGGACGUCACAAACGCAGGAAGAUGACGACGAUGAAGACGAGCAGGGGGAGAAGUUUGAGUUUGACGAUGAGGACGACUUGGAGCCUCCACAGAUGAGUUCUGUCUCUACAAAGAGCGACUCGACCACAGAAGGGUCGAAGGUGACGACGCAGGGCGUGAACGGAAAGAGCAACGAGCCCUCGCCGUACCCACAGCACUGCUCCGGUAUGGAGGUCAGGGAGUCGCCCGAGGGUCGUUCCACCUCCUCUGACCUGGGAGUGACGGGAGACUCUGAGAGUUUCUGGACGGGGAGCUGUAUCUAUGAAGGAAAGGAUCCUUUAAUGCCUGAAGGCGGUCAGGACGAGUCCAGCAGCGCAGUAAACGGGUGCAGCCUACAUCAGGACCCCGCUGAGGACGAGGAGUCCUCUUCAGUCCGUCCUCAGACUGAACCUCACCCUGCAGCCGUAGAAGGACUGAAAAACACGAGCACGGUGACCCCCUGCAGCCCAGACGCCGUGUUCAGAGACCCCGAGGUGGUUUAUGAUGACGUGCCUGCAGAGGGCCUGCAGCACCCGAUGGAAGAUGUCGACGAUAUCUACGAGGACAUCCAGAGACCUGAUCACCACCGCGGCUCCAACGGCUGGAGCUCCAGUGAGUUUGAGAGUUACGAUGAGAUGUCUGACAGUGACAGUGUUUCUCCAACCGCACAAAGCAGCGGCGGCAGCAAGCUGCCUGUAGACGUGUUGAGGCUGAAGGAGCGCUGUGCCGUCACCAGGAAGGAGCUGGCUGUGCGUCUCAGUACUCCUCAUGUUGCCAACAUCAAACAGAGCUGUGACACUAAGGUGCAGCAGUUGAUGAAAGCAGCGAGGAACGGUACCAAGGACGGUUUGGAAAAGACAAAGUUAGCCAUGAUUCGCAAAGUGUCGUUCCUGCAGAGAAAGGACUCCACAGCUGAUGGUAAGGAUGAUGCAGGUUACAUGGACGUGUCUGUGUGCGAGUUUAAACAUCCUCCACCUCAGCUCAGCCCCAUGCCAGAGGGACUCAGCAGUCAGCAGGUCGUCAGACGUCUCAUCCUCAGCUCCAUCGUGCAGAGUGAGAGCAGCUACCUGGACUCCCUGAAGAGAAUCCUCCAGGAGUACCAGAAGCCGAUGAUGGAGCCUCAGAACUGGAUCCUGAGCCCCAAGAAGGUCCGUCAGAUCUUCUACCGUCUGCAGGAGAUCCAUCAGUGCCACUCCAUGUUCCAGAUCGCACUGGCGUCCCGCGUGGCCGAGUGGGAUCACAGCGAGAAGAUCGGAGACCUGUUUGUCGCCUCGUUCUCAAAGUCCAUGGUGCUGAACGUGUACAGCGACUACAUCAACAACUUCACCAACGCCAUGGCUCUGAUCAAGAAGGCCUGCAUGUCUAAACCUGCUUUCCUCGACUUUCUCAAGAAGAAGCAGGCGACCAGUCCAGACAGAAUCACCCUGUACGGUCUGAUGGUCAAACCCAUCCAACGCUUCCCUCAGUUCAUCCUGCUGCUGCAGGACAUGUUGAAGAACACUCCUAAGUCGCACACCGACCGGCUCCCCCUGCAGCUCGCGCUCACCGAGCUCGAGACGCUCGCAGAGAAACUGAACGAACAGAAACGUCUGGCUGACCAGGAGGCGGAGAUCCAGCAGUUAGCUCACAGCGUCGGGGACAGAAACCUCAACAAGCUGCUGAACUCGGAGCAGAGGCAGCUGAUCCAGUGCGAGCUACUGACUGAAAUCGUGUACGGGGACAAAGGUCAAGUCCUCAAGUCCAAGGAGAGGAAGGUGUUCCUCCUCAACGACACGCUGAUCUGUGCCAACGUCAACCUGAAGGGUCCCCCCGACAUCAGCAGCCUGGUCCCUGUGGGUCCUAAGUACACGGUGAAGUGGUGCGCCCCCUUGCUGCAGACUCAGGUGGUGGAGGUGGGACAGGACAGUCUGCAGAACAGAGAGGGGGUCAUCACAGUCAGGAGGCACAACUCCACCUCCAGCACCUUGGGUAAAGUGUUCCUGGGUCCUCCUCGGCUGUACCAGGACCUGGAGGAGCUGCAGCACGACCUGGGCGUGGUGGAGGAGGUGUCGGUGCUGGUCAGCACGCUGCAUGGAACCUACCAGAAUCUGAACACCACCGUGUCUCAGGACUGGUGUCUGGCUCUGCAGAGACUCAUCCGCCUCAAGGAGGAGGAGAUCCAGAACGCCAACAGGUGUCGCCUACGUCUGUCCGUGCCGGGGAAACCCGACAAAUCCGGUCGUCCUGUGAGCAUCAUGGUGGUCUUCAACACGCCCAGCCCGCUCACUAAGAUCUCCUGGGUGAACCGGCUCCACCUCGCCAAGAUAGCCCAGAGACAGGAAAACACUCCGGGCUGGGAAUGUGCAGAAGAAGAAACCAAGACAAAAGCUCCGUUCACUUUACCUCUGUUGACCUGCACACUUCCUGUUUUCUCCUCCAGAACGCACACGCUCAAGCUGGAGGCGGCUCUCCACAGUCCCUCUCAGUCCAGUCUGCUGGGUUUCUGCACGGCCAGCACGUCUCUACCUCAGGGUUACCUCUGGGUUGCUGGUGGAGGAAGCAGCUCAAACCACAGCGGCGAGGUGGAGAUCUUCUCCCUGAACCGAUUGGCUCCUCGUCUGGUGAAGACCGUCCCUCUGAGGGCCCCCGUCCUCUGUUUGGAGUACGUGAAGGAGCCCGGCGCCUUCAUGGAGGAGAGGGAGGCCGAGAAAACACAAAGUGCGGCUAAGAUCGGGAACAUCAUCUGUGUGGGUCUGCAGGACGGCAGCAUCCAUGUGUACAGCAGCGUGGACACAGCCGUGCAGUGUCUGCUGACCCUGGUGAACCCCGACAGCUGUCCCGUCCUCUGCCUCAAACACUCGCUGUCGUUCCUCUUUGCCGGCCUGGCCAACGGCAAAGUAGCCGUGUACCACAGGAAGGCUGGAGAGAGACUGUGGGACGUGGACUCCUGCAGGUUGGUCUCUCUGGGCUCUGAGCCAGUCAGCUGUCUGCUCACGCUUGAAGACUCUGUGUGGGCCAGCUGUGCAAACCACGUGACAGUCAUACAAGGAUCCAGCCUGCACACACAGUGUUUUGAAGCCCGCCCUGACCCCGGCUGCAGUGUCAGCCACAUGGUGCGUUCAGGAGGAGGGGUGUGGAUGGCCUUCUGCAGUGGCUCCUCCAUCCACCUGUUUCACACAGAGACCCUGGAGCCUCUGCAGGAAGUCAACAUCUCCACCCGCACCGCCCUUCUGACCCCAGGUCAGGUUUGUGUCUCGAGCUUGUUGAUCUGUCAGGGUCUGCUGUGGGUGGGGACGAGUCAGGGAGUCAUCCUCACCUUCCCUGUGCCCACCCUGGAGGGUAUCCCAAAGAUCACAGGUAAAGGGACGACGUCUCUGAACGCUCACUGCGGUCCGGUCGACUUCCUGGUGUCGACGACCAGCACUCUGGCCUCUGACCUCCUCAGACGGGACUCCAUGCUGAGCGGCAGCGAGGAGUCGGCUCCAGGAGACGGACGGGGAGGAGGAGGAGACGAAGGAAGGCAGAGGAUGGAGCACAGCAGCUCCCCUCAGGACCCUGAAUCCCCUCCACCGGGGGAGGAGAAGCCAAAGCGUCUCCUGCUGCAGUACCGCCUCUACUCCACCUGCCAGCUGCCCGGGAAGCUGCUGACGGCGCUGCCCGAGCAGGGGAGCUCCAGGUCCUCGCAGGACGCCCUGGAGCACAGCCCGGAGGACGGCUCCAUCUACGAGGUGAGCGAGGACCCUGACGUGUGGGUGAGGGGGAGGCCGGUGGAGUGGGGGAAGGAGGCGGAGACCAAGAGGAGUAAGGUCACGUCGACAGCCAUCUUCUCUGGUGGCAGAGGUCACAGACGGAUCGGACAAAAGGCCUCGCCUGAAGCGUGCUCGGAUGCUGCUGAGAACACUCUGCUGGUGUGGCAGCUCCCUCUGACGCUCAGCCAAUGACGCACGAGCACGUUGGAACAGUAAGUCACUGUGGUUAAAGACUCAGCUGUUGUUCUUCUGCGGACAUCGUUUCAGCUACAUUCAACAUGUGAGCCAAAGCCGAAGGAGCUACAGACACCUCGACUUUCAUAUUGAGUUAAACACCAGAAAAAACACCUGGACCUGUUCGAGGUUUGUGACGGUUUAACAAAGUGACCUCAGCAAGGUGACAUAAAAGCUAAAUGUAAUUUGUGAAUUCAGAAGCUACCUCCAGUUUAUUUGGGAAAACUUGGAAGACCGAAAAAUCUUCAAUGUUUAGUCCAGAUCGGAUCGAACGCAACUGUAUCAACAUCACUCAUGUAGCAGGUGGAAGAUGUAGUUUGUGUGUGAGCCUCUUCUUUUUGUGCAUGUCAAGAAUAAUAUUUCACAUUUUCACAUGAGAGUUGAAUGUCAAAGGCUUAAUCUGCGAGAAAGAGAGAAGUCAAACUCCCUCUGGGUUUGUUGUUUUAAGCUCUGUGUUAACAGCUCCCAGACCGAGGGAUGAGCUGCUUCUUUGUGCGGCUUUAAGAAGCUCAAACAUUUAUUUUUUCUUCCUGUUAACCCCUCCCCCUCCCCCUCCACCACGUUAUCCCUGUCACCACAUUGGAGAAGAGAGAUGGCCCCGCCCACUCAGGGAUGCCGUGUUUAGGAGCAUUAUGAGGGAGUGUGUCAGAAAAAGGACAAACAGAUGAGGCGCAGGUAGCCUAGUGGUUAGUGCGCGUGCAUCAUGUAUGGAGGCUGUAGUCCUCUAGGCGGGUGGCCCAGGUUUGAAUCCGGCCCGUGGCUCCUUUCCUGCAUGUCAUUCCUCGCACUUCCUCCCUGAUGUCCGACUCUGUCUGCUGUCCUGCCUCACUAAUGGAGGCAUAAAAAGUCCAAAAAUAAACCUUAAAAAAAACAAAACAGAUAUCAACCACAUCAACUUGAAAUUGAGGCAGAAUCUUGUUUUCAGAUGUUUGUCUGCCGCUCUCGGUCUUACAGACACUUGCUGGUGAAACAGGAAGUGAGGCGCAGGGGUAGCGUGGAGACAGGAGGAGAGGGAGGAGCUGAGGGAUGAAGGAGGCGUGUCCAAAGAUAGUGAAAAAUCUGCUUUAAAAGUCGCAUAGUAAGCCUUGAAGGUCACUCUCAUGUACUUCCACACUGCACAGUAUUUACUCUCAUCACUUACACUGGUACUACUUCUUUUAGUUCUUCACUUUUCAUGCAGAUGGUACCUGCUCUAAGGAGGCAGGGGGUCUUAGCGGCACUGAUUGAAACCGCCAUGUGAAGCCUGUGUUUGUGUCUUCGACAUCUUCAGACACAUGCAGGGAUUUGAUGUAAUAUGAGAUUCUUUAGUUUAACAUAAAAGUAUCAUUUGUGUGCAAAUAAGAAUCUCUCAGUCCUUGCAAAGUGGUACUGCAGACUGCUGAAGGUUGGCUUCAGCAGAGUGUCCCAGUGGGACGGUUGUCUGAGUGAUAUCGGUGUUUUGUACCUCGUCGUUGAAUAUCGGCUCGGAUCAACAUGAACCUUGGCUGAAUGAUCCCAAAAAGUGUCAGGUACUACCUGUUUAACUAAUAACAAUUUCACAUGAGCUGAGUGGAGUCCAGAACUGUACUCUGCAGAGGCAUUAGUACAUUAAAGGGGUCAUAUUAUGUUUUUUCUGGUUUCAUAUGCUCUUUAGUGUGUUUUCCAAGUGUCCUGUGCAUGUUUAGACACAUCUAUGUGCAAAAAUUCAAAGUCUGCAGAAACGCAGCUUCUCCUACGUCCUCCUGUUAGCUGUAGCAUUAGCUGCAUGUAACACUUGGUUCUAGCCCCCCUCGAAAAAAUGUUUCCAGUGUGACGUCUUGUCAGUGUGAGAUCACUGAUCUAAGCCCAUUGGCUCGUUGUGGUGAGCCCAGCAGCUCAUUAAGGCCCAUUAACUUCUGUAGCACGCACCCGAUAUGCCGUAGCCUGCGGUAGCACAGUAGUGCUAAGGUGCUAAUGUUUUUGCUCCCCGGAGCCAAAGUGACUGCAUUCCCAAUAUGGUAAAAGAGGCGUGACAUUUCCGAGAACCGUGCUGAGCGACUGACCAAUUACGGCAGAGCCGACAGGCCAAUCAGAUCAGACUUGGCACACGUGGGGACUCUGAACGUGGGAACUUCAGAGCCUUAGAGAGAGAGUCAGAAGCGAGCCGGUGCAUGGAGCAGCAGUACAUGAAAACACACUUUUUUCUAACUUUAGCUAUUGUGAACAUACUUUAGUAGGUACAUAGAUUAAAUAUAUGAACCCCAAAAAGGGCAUAAUAUGACCUCUUUAAGUACCAGAGUGAGGUACAAAUAACUGUGUGCAGCCGCUUGAAGACGACUUGUUUGGGCCAAAAGUCUCUGAGACCUCCCCUGUGACCAAAGAGCGUUGGUGAAAGAAUAUUUCUAGCAGCAAACUCUCCCUAACACCACUUAGUUUACAUUUCAGUUUGUGUUCGGCUUCAAUGAUUGCAUUUACAUGGACUUUAGUAUCCUUUUUUUUAAUUUAUCCUGGUUUUUGAGUUUGUGCAUGUGAACAUAACACGAUUCUAGAAGCUGGGAUAAGCUCUUAUUCUGGUUCUGAGAAACCUUAUUACCUGGAGAGCUCUGAAAUAAAUCUGAAUACUGUGGUA